CCACAACCCCACCCAACACUCUACAUUUUGGCCUCCAUAGCACCAUCGUACUCCCAUUGCCCCCGACAGCUGUCGACGUUCCCACUGACUGACGGAUUGACACGGCCACGCCACCGACACCAACCAUGUCGACCAGUCCCGAGAUCAUGAUGGAUCCGUUCCUCGCAUUCUUUGGGGGCGGCGCGAAUCCCUUAUCAACUGCAGAGUCGAUUGGGACCACUGCAGCAGAGACGGCAAGCCAAGCCGGCACAGCUACCGCCCCCGAGCCUGGAGGACAGCGCUCGCGUUCUGGAUGCUUCACCUGCCGUCGCCGCAAAGUCAAGUGCGACGAGUCACGGCCGACGUGCGAAAAAUGCCAGGUCGGACAUCGCGAGUGCACCUGGCCGCCAGACGAUCCCGUCCAGCGCCGAAAGAACCGCCCCCGCAAGCCACGGAGUCAUUCGGUCACCGAGCCCGCUAAGCGUCGCUUCAAGCUCAACUUUCACGCCCCAGAGGCCUUUGUCUCGUCGCUCCAUUCCCUGGGAUCCGUCAAGGGCAAGGAGCGCGAGGUCGAGCUCGUUCCCGACCAUGUCCGCGCGCAGAUGAUGAUGGACCCAUCCUUUCUCCAGCCGUACUUCUCAUCCGUAGACGAGCGCUUGGUCAUGCGCCACUACCUCUCGAGAACGGUCCACAUUAUCCUCGCGUUUGAGGCUCCGCAUACCCCGUGGAAUCCGUGGUUGACUGUCCAUGCGCCACUGGCUUUUACACAGCUACCUGGCGUAUCCCCGGCUGCCGAUGCUCUGCGAAUGGCCAUUCUCGCCGUCGGCGCAGUUCACUUGCGCUAUGUCUCAAACCCAGAAGACCAAGAAGGGGCCUGGAGAAUUACCCGUGCGACGCGUCCUCGCAUCCUCGAGCUGGUGCGCUGCGCUCUGGAGGGCCCAGACGGCACACCCAAGAGCAUUGACAAGACCGAGAUGGAGCUCGUCCUCGCAGCUCUCUUGAGUUGCACUAUUGCGAGUUCACUUGCUGCGGAUGACGCUUGGCACUCGCUUCUUACAACGGUGCUGUCGCUUAUCGCCCGCCUGGGAGGUGCACAGGCGCUCCUCGCAGACUCACCGCGCGACCACCUCUCAAUCUCGCGCUUUGUGCUCGAACAACUCGCCAUUCGCGAUGUCUUUGGCUGCAUGACCACCGAGCUGGCUCCGUCGAUCCUUCGAGAUGCGUUCACUCCUUGGUUCUUCGAGGCGGAGAGCUGGUCCAAGAGCGAAAACGAGUGGGAGAGUAUCGAGCGCAUGUUUGGCAUGUCCCGAGGAAUGUGCGACCUCAUCGCGAGGGCUUGCACAGUCGUCUCGCGAGUCCGUGAAGGAGGUUACAUCAUUCACGAGCGCGAACCCGGCACAAACCAUCACAACGCUACAGCGCAGAUGUCGUCGAUGCUACUCAAGCUCCCCCCUCGAGUGACUGCCCGCCUGCCUCAAGGUUCCAUGCGCAGCCCGGGAAAAGAUGGAUCGUGCCCUUCCGACUUUGCGGCGUCGAUCGAUGGAAAGCCCAUGGCCAACGGUCUGAGCGACCGGGCGGAGCUCGAAGAACAGGCGAAUGCGCUGCUUGCGGAGCUCAAGGUCUGGGACAAUGCGUGCAAUUUCACGCCGUUCCACCCUCGCACCCAGUACGGCAACAUUGCUUAUCGCCAUGCCACCAAAAUCCGCCUGCUUCGCAUCGUUUUCCGUGUCCCAAGUACCGACCCCCGCAUCGACAGCGCCGCUCGAGCCAUUAUCGAACUGGCCAAGGAAAUGCUUGCGACGUAUGGACGGAUUACAUGGCUCACGUGGCCGCUUGUGAUUGCUGGUUUCCACAUCCCUAAAGGGGAUCCCGCUCGCCAAUCAACCAUUGAGCUUCUUAGCGAAUUUGGUCCGCACGCCUGCUUCGAUAACCGAGCGGCCAGGCAAAUGAUGGAGACGUUCUGGCGUUAUCACGACGAGGACUUGGAGGACUUGACGCCGUGGGAGGUUGCCAACAGGCUCAACUCGCGUAUUUUCCUUGACUAGAGGCCACGUCGUAGUGAAUGGACCCUAAUUGUGUUGCGCUGUGCAGUGAUUCUGCCCCGAUGUCUGUUUCGAUACCGCGAUAACCGAGUUAUGAAGCAAGGGAGGAAGGACUGAGGAGGUUGGGCACCGUAGCACGAGGGUGGUCACGCCAGGGAUCACGAAGGGCCUGCCGCCAGACGUCGCAAAUAGCUGUUCGCGCUCUGCAAUGCACCG